UGGGGGGGGGGGAAAGGGACGGUGCCAAAAAAAAAUGGGUGACAACUGUUGAAUAUUCGCGUGUUCCUGGACUGAGCCCAUACAAAGAGAGAGAGAUAGAGAGAGAGAGCGCCUUAAAGGCAGACCAUAAAGGUCAGGGUAAAGGAGGGCAGAGUUACCCACGGGAGACGUCGAGUGGGCGACACGAGAGCGAGCGCGAGCUGCGGUUGACCGGGACAAGACAUGGCUGACAGGACAGCGCCGAACUGUCACCUGAGGCUGGAGUGGGUCUACGGCUACCGAGGGCAUCAGUGCCGCAACAACCUCUACUACACGGCGGCCAAGGAAAUCGUCUAUUUCGUUGCAGGUGUCGGAGUGGUGUACAACACACGGGAACACAAGCAGAAAUUUUUCCUCGGUCACAGCGAUGACAUAAUCAGCUUGGCAUUGCAUCCAGAACGAACUUUAGUUGCAACAGGACAGGUUGGAAAGGAACCAUGUAUAUGUAUCUGGGACACCUACAAUGUACAGACAGUAUCCAUUCUGAAAGAUGUACACACGCAUGGGAUAGCUUGCUUGGCCUUUGAUCUAGAAGGGCAGAGAUUAAUGUCUGUUGGUCUGGAUUCCAAAAAUACUAUUUGUGUCUGGGAUUGGAGAAGAGGAAAGGUGCUAGCAACAACACCAGGACAUUCUGAUAGGAUAUUUGACAUUUCUUGGGACCUGCACCAACCAAAUAAAAUGGUCAGCUGUGGUGUAAAGCAUAUUAAGUUUUGGAGUUUAUGUGGAAACGCGUUGACAUCAAAGCGUGGUGUGUUUGGCAAAACUGGAGAUCUCCAGACUAUACUGUGCCUGGCUAGUGCAAGAGAUGAAAUUACUUAUUCUGGUGCAUUAAAUGGUGAUAUUUAUGUAUGGAAAGGCAUUAAUUUAAUCCGAACUGUCCAGGGGGCACAUGGGUCAGGAAUCUUCAGUAUGAACAACUGUGAAGAAGGAUUUGCCACAGGUGGUCGGGAUGGUUGUAUUCGCUUAUGGGAUUUAAGUUUCAAACCCAUCACUUUGAUUGAUCUCAGGGAAACAGAUCAAGGCUACAAAGGUCUUUCAGUGAGGAGUGUAUGUUGGCGAGGAGAUCAUAUUUUGGUUGGAACACAGGACAGUGAAAUCUUUGAAGUAGUAGUACAUGAACGUAACAAGCCUUUCCUGAUCAUGCAGGGACACUGUGAAGGAGAAUUAUGGGCACUUGCAGUUCAUCCAACAAAACCUUUAGCAAUAACAGGGAGCGAUGAUCGAUCGGUUAGAAUAUGGAGCCUUAUUGACCAUGCUUUAAUUGCUCGUUGUAAUAUGGAAGAGCCAAUUCGAUGUGUUGCUGUAAGUACAGAUGGCAUCCAUCUUGCUCUGGGAAUGAAGGAUGGCUCUUUCACUGUACUACGCAUCAGAGAUAUGACUGAGGUUGUUCACAUAAAAGAUAGGAAAGAAGCAAUACACGAGCUAAAGUAUUCACCUGAUGGAACAUGUUUGGCUGUGGGCUCAAAUGAUAAUUCUGUUGAUAUCUAUGGAGUUUUGCAGCGAUAUAAAAAAGUUGGCGAGUGUAUUGGAUCUUUGAGUUUCAUCACACACAUGGAUUGGUCAGUUGAUAGUAAAUAUUUACAAACUAAUGAUGGUUCAGGUAAAAGACUCUUCUACAAAAUGCCAAGUGGUAAAGAAAUUACAAAUAAAGAAGAAAUAAAGGGUCUUUCAUGGACAACUUGGACUUGUGUAUUGGGUGCUGAAGUAAAUGGAAUAUGGCCCAAAUAUUUAGAUGUUAAUAAUAUUAAUUCAGUCGAUGCAAAUUUGAAUAGUCAGGUUCUAGUUACUGCAGAUGACUAUGGAUUGGUAAAGCUUUUUCGAUAUCCUUGUGUUAAAAAAGGAGCAAAAUUUAAGAAAUAUAUUGGUCAUUCUGCUCAUGUGACCAAUGUGAGAUGGUCUCAUGACUAUCAGUGGGUUGUUUCUAUCGGUGGAGCAGAUCAUUCUGUUUUCCAGUGGCAAUUUAUCCCUGAAAGGAAGUCUAAAGAAUUCCUUCAUAUUGCACUUCAAGAAAGUUUUGCUGACUCUAAUAGUGAUGAAUCUGAUUCUGAUCAAUCUGAUGUACCAGAGCUGGACUCUGAGAUUGAACAAGAAACUCAGAUUAGUUAUCGUCGGCAGGUUUACAAAGAAGAUCUGCCUCAGCUCAAAGAGCAAUGCAAAGACAAGAGACGAGCAGCCGCUUCAAAGAAAAGGGAAAAAGCUCCCAGCAGCAGUUUGCGCUUACAUUUUGUUCAUGGCUACAGGGGACAUGACUGUAGGAGCAAUCUGUUUUAUACACAAACUGGAGAGAUUGUAUACCAUGUUGCAGCAGUAGGAAUAGUAUAUAAUCGACAACAGAAUAUACAGCGGUGCUAUCUUGGACAUGAUGAUGACAUUGUCUGCCUAUCAAUUCAUCCUUCAAAGGAUUAUGUGUCAACAGGCCAGGUGGGUCGUGAUUCUGCAAUUCAUAUUUGGGAUACUGAUGUACUGAAGCCAUUAUCAAUUUUGAAAGGACAUCACCGGUUUGGGGUUUGUGCAGUGGACUUUUCAGCGGAUGGAAAACGUUUGGCAUCAGUGGGACUGGAUGAAAAUCACACCAUAAUUCUCUGGGAGUGGAAGAAAGGAGAAAAACUUUCUUCAGUGCGAGGAGGUGCAGACAAGAUUUUUGUUGUCAAGAUAAAUCCCUUUGUGCCAGACAAACUAGUUACAGCUGGAAUAAAACACAUGAAGUUCUGGCAACGAGCAGGUGGCGGACUGACUGGAAGAAGAGGCUUUUAUGGAACUUUUAGAAAGACGGAAACCAUAAUGUGUGCAGUGCACGGUUGGUCAGAGGAGAUGGUGUUUUCAGGCACAUCAACUGGGGAUAUCUGUAUAUGGCGUGAUACAUUCCUCAUUAAAACUGUCAAGGCUCAUGAUGGACCAGUUUUCAGUAUGCAUGCCUUAGAGAAAGGUUUUGUUACUGGUGGGAAAGAUGGUAUUGUUGCACUUUGGGAUGAUUGCUUUGAGAGAUGUCUGAAAACCUAUGCCAUCAAACGUUCUGCACUCACUCCAGGAUCUAAAGGUCUUUUACUGGAAGACAACCCUUCAAUUCGUGCCAUAACAUUAGGUCACGGUCAUGUGCUUGUAGGUACAAAGAAUGGAGAAAUAUUGGAAAUUGAUAAAAGUGGUCCCAUAACCCUGCUGGUUCAGGGUCACAUGGAGGGUGAAGUAUGGGGCCUGGCUACUCAUCCCCAUUUGCCUAUUUGUGCUAGCAUUAGUGAUGAUAAAACUCUGAGGAUCUGGGAUCUCUCCCCAAGUCACUGUAUGCUUGCUGUCCGCAAACUUAAAAAGGGUGGCAGGUGUUGUUGUUUCUCAACUGAUGGGAAGUCUCUAGCAGUUGGUCUGAAUGAUGGUAGCUUCCUGAUUGUGAAUUCGGAUACACUGGAAGAUCUUGUUUCUUUUCAUCAUAGAAAAGAUCUCAUUUCAGACAUUCGAUUUUCCCCAGGUCCUGGAAAAUAUUUGGCUGUAGCGUCUUAUGAUAACUUUGUAGACAUCUACAAUGUAAUGAGUAGUAAACGGGUUGGAAUCUGCAAAGGAUCUUCCAGUUGCAUAACACAUGUGGACUGGGACAAAAGAGGAAAACUUUUACAAGUUAAUACUGGAGCUAAAGAACAACUAUUCUUUGAAGCUCCUCGUGGAAAACAACAGAGUAUAAAUAAUGCAGAGGUGGAGAAGAUAGACUGGACCUCUUGGACGUGUGUCUUAGGUUCUUCGUGUGAGGGGAUUUGGCCUAUAAUAAGUCAAAUCACAGAUGUUACUUCAUCCUGCCUUACUAGCAGCAAAAAGGUGUUGGCUACAGGGGAUGACUUUGGAUUUGUGAAGUUAUUCCGAUACCCAGUGAAGGGAAAAUAUGCGAAGUUCAAGAGAUAUGUGGCUCACAGUACACAUAUAACAAAUGUGAGGUGGACGUAUGACGAUAGUUUGCUGGUUACAGUCGGAGGAGCAGACACAGCAGUGAUGGUUUGGACACAUGAAGUAGAUGGAUACAAGGAGCCCAGGCAAUAUGACAGUGAAGAGUCUGAUUUAGAUUCUGAUGAAGAUGGAGGUUAUGACAGCGAUGUCACACGAGAAAAUGAAAUGAAUUAUACCAUCAAGGCCUUUGCAACAAGUAUUCGACAUAUGUCAGGAAUCAAGCCUCAUCUACAACAUAAAGAGCCUUCACAAGAGGAAAGGCAGGGAAUAGUCAGGGGAUCAAGACCACCCGUUAGUAGGGCACUACCUCAACCUGAGAAACUGCAAACAAAUAAUGUUGGCAAGAAAAAGAAACCAAUUGAGGACCUGUCUCUGGAGCUUGUUUUUGGAUAUCGUGGCAAUGAUUGUCGAAACAAUGUUCAUUACUUGAACGAUGGUGCUGACAUCAUUUAUCACACAGCGUCAAUUGGAAUUGUGUUUAACCUUGGCACAGGUUCGCAGUCUUUUUAUCUUGAACAUACAGAUGACAUUCUGUGCUUAACUGUUAACCAGCAUCCCAAAUUUCAAAAUAUAAUAGCAACGGGACAAGUAGGUGAAUCUGCUGAUAUGUCAGGUAAUUCCCCUUCAAUUCAUAUUUGGGAUGCUAUGACCAAACAGACGCAAUCUGUGCUCCGCUGUUACUAUUCAAAGGGGGUCUGUUCUGUCAGCUUUAGUGCCACAGGCAAACUCCUGCUCUCAGUGGGGCUGGAUCCAGAAUAUAUCAUCACUGUCUGGAGAUGGCAGGAAGGUGCCAAAGUUGCUGGUCAAACAGGUCACACCAAGAGAAUUUUUGUUGCGGAAUUCAGGCCAGAUUCAGACACCCAGUUUGUAUCAGUGGGUGUCAAACAUGUACGGUUUUGGACCCUAGCUGGCAAAGCUUUGGAAAGCAAAAAAGGCAACCUAAGUUCAAUUGAGGAUGCCAGGAUGCAAACCAUGCUUGCGGUAGCUUUUGGAGCUAAUAAUCUGACAUUUACGGGUACUAUCAGUGGAGAUGUUUGUGUUUGGAAGGAACAUCUUUUAGUUCGAAUUGUGGCCAAAGCUCACAAUGGUCCUGUUUUCACUAUGUACACAACAUUAAAAGAUGGCUUGAUAGUAACAGGAGGAAAAGAAAGACCGUCAAAGGAAGGAGGUGCCUUGAAACUGUGGGAUCAGGAGCUAAAGCGUUGUCGUGCAUUCAGAUUAGAAACUGGACAGGUGAUUGACUGUGUGCGUUCAGUCUGCAGAGGCAAGGGGAAAAUUUUAGUUGGAACAAGAAAUGCAGAGAUAAUUGAGGUUGGUGAGAAGAAUGCGGUAUGCAACAUUUUAAUUAACAGUCACAUGGAUGGACCAAUCUGGGGUCUUUCAGCUCAUCCCACUAAAGAUGUCUUUCUCUCUGCUGCAGAAGAUGCUGUUAGAUUAUGGGACAUUGUUGAAAAGAAAAUGUUGAAUAAGGUAAAUUUGGGCCAUGCAGCUCGAACUGUAGUCUACAGUCCAGAGGGAGACAUGGUAGCGAUUGGUAUGAAAAAUGGAGAGUUCAUUAUACUUGUCGUCACAUCACUGAAGAUCUGGGGCAAAAAACGAGACCGAAGAUCUGCCAUUCAAGAUAUCAAGUUUAGUCCCAACUCUCAUUUUUUGGCUGUGGGAACAUGUGAGAAUGCCGUAGACUUCUAUGAUCUCACAUUGGGUCCAACACUAAAUCGAAUCAACUAUUGUAGAGAUAUUCCCAGCUUUGUUAUCCAAUUGGACUUCUCAGCAGACAGCAAAUAUAUCCAGAUUUCUACUGGUUCAUACAAACGACUCGUGUAUGAAGUGCCUUUAGGAAAACAAGUUUCUGAACAGUGUCAGAUUGACCGAAUAACUUGGGCCACUUGGACAAGUAUUCUAGGUGAUGAGGUCAUUGGUAUCUGGUCUCGUAAUUUGGAUAAAGCUGAUGUAAAUUGUGGCUGUGUCUCUCAUUCGGGCCUCAACAUUGUAACAGGAGAUGAUUUUGGAAUGGUGAAACUCUACGACUUUCCUUGCAUUGAGAAAUUUGCAAAACACAAAAGAUACUUGGGUCACUCUGCUCAUAUCACCAAUGUAAGAUUCACUAGCGGAGACAGAUAUGUCAUCAGUGCUGGAGGAAAGGACUGCAGUUUGUUCGUGUGGAAGUGUUCGUAGACAAACAUGAAAUGGAGUUUUGAACACGCACAAGAGAUGGGAAUCAAGAAAUUCAAUUCACACCAAAAACACUGAGAAGAAAUGCUCCACAUUCAUAUUGUUGGUUGAGAACAAGGCAACUGGCAACAUUAGCAAGAGGAAUUUGGAAGGUAGUUCACUUUCACAAAUGUGAAUUGAGAAACAAGUAUUUUCAAUCAUUUUGGUCUAUGGCAAUUUGUCAGGUUUGCUACUACACAGCCAUGUGUAUAUUGAUUCAACUAAAUGAAUUUUAGCGCACACUUUAAUUUCAUUGUGUACAAAGUAAAAGUUGCUUUUUUGACCAUUCUACAACUAUGGUUCUGUGGUUGACAGAAUUACUAAAGAAUCAUGUGGCAAUGCCAGUGAAAGGGUUAAUUGAGUUCUAUCAAUGCACAAAAAGCUAACUGUAAUAUACUGUAUGUAAGCUGCUAUGUAUAACACACCUAUUUAACUUAAUAUCUCCACAAUGCUGUGCUGUAGCUGAUGUGGCAAUUAGCCUUAACCAAGACAGUUAUAUAUUUUUAGUAAACUCAUUGUGCUUUGCAUUUUAUUUUACAAAGUAAUUGCAAAGCUAACAACAGAAAUCUGAAAUGAACAAAAUAGUAUUUAGUGGCCUUCUUCCUGGGCAGACCAGCUGAGUAAUAUUUGGACGUCAGUAUAAAAGCUGAAGCCAGCUUGCCAAAGCAUACUAUGCACUACUGUACCAGUCACUGUGGCUAUCUGAACAAUUAAACUUUACUUCAGUGUAACAAUUACAAUUGGCUACCAUUUUAAUGUGAAUCUGAAAGUGUUUGCAACUUUCAAAGGAUUGUGAUCCUGCAGAUUAGGAUUAAAUAGCACUGUCGGUAGUAUUUUUUAAAACCAUAAAUAGAUGUUAUUGCCUUAAUCUGCACAGCAUCCCAAGUCUUACUUUAUACAAAUUUCACAGGCUUACAUGUAGUGCUAAUGUCAGUGUUACAUGUUAAUUUGGACUUAGGUUGUAUUUUUUUAAAACCCCAAAUAAAAAGAUGACAGUCUGGCAAAAUAUUAAUACAGUAUAAUUUGGGUUUUACUUUGAGACUGGCCAAAGGAACUGCUGGUCCUUCACAUUUUCCUACAUAAAGUUAGUAAUCAAACUAUGCUUCUCCAGUUAGUGUAAAAUAAACUAAAAACAAAGUAUUUUGUUAAUUAAUGUCAUGUUUAAGAUGGUUUAAAUGUUUUGAAAUUGUAGUUUACUGUAAAUAUAAUUUGUCUGUGCAACUAUGAAAAAACACAUUGAAAUGACAUAUUUAAUGUUUGGAAAAAAUUGCAACUUGUUUAAUUGUUAUACAAUUUCAUGAAAUUCUAUUUUUGUAUAUCUGCUUUCCAUUUCAUAUGUAUGUUUGUGAAGUCAAAGUACUGAAUACAGUUACUUUACGAUUGUUCACUUGAUUUUUUUGUACCUUCAAUUGUAAGAUUAAGGUAUAUGGAAACGGAAUUGUAGAUCUUUUACUGUCUGUAACCCGACAGUUUUAAUAGUCUAACGUCCAAGAGAGUCUCUCAGCAUGACCUUGCACAGGAAAUUGUUUAAAUUUUCAUAUCUGCAUUGUGCCAGCUCUAGGAGUUGCACAGAAAAGCCAAAAUUCUGCAGCAGCAAGAACUAGAAAUAAUUGUACUGUAUGAAAUACAUCUGGAAAUAAUUCAGAAUAUUCUCAAGGACAUUGUGUCGUCAACUUCUGGCCCUCGAGCAUUAGCAGCAUUUUUGACAUGAAAAGAAAAAACAACUGACAGUUGAAAUGCCAUGAUUCUGAAUUCCUGUUUGAUACUUCGGAAUUUCUAAAUUUAAAUGCAAGUUAGACCUCAAGAUUUGUGCAUUUAUGCAAAUUAGAUUGAAAGCAGGCAUUUACUAUCCACAUUUUCUAUUUAAAGCACAGAAUGCAAUUAACACCAUAAAACUUCUAAUGGCAUGCAAUUUGGGGCACUUCCACACAGGCUUCUAAAGAAGAUGUAACUAUUUUAGAAGUAGACUACCACAAAGGAAAGCCCAGGCUUGAUUCUGAGCAAAUGUGCAGAUCAAACCAAUGUAGGUCCCAUAACAAGUUGCUCAUCCAUAUUUAUAGCUGAGGAUUUAAUGGUAGGUCUGACUAAAACUUUGAAGCAAUGGUAUGUCUUUGAUUCAAUCACAGGCAAUUUUCAGCAAAUCUCAAAAAAACAUUUACGGUACAAGUGAAGUCAAUCACAACAAAUCUUUCUGUUUCUGAAUGUAAACUAAUUUCUGUCAAAUUGUUGGAUUUAUCAGUGUUUUGAAAUAUGCAAUACUUGUGUACUCUUAAUUACUGUAUCUAUUUACAGAGUAUUUUAAUACCAGACAUUAACAGGAAUGACCACACAUGGUGUAACAUCUGAAAAAUAUGAUUUUAAAUCCAUUUAGAACUAUUACAUGGUGGAAAAAUGGUGUGAGUACAAGUACAGUUCUCUGUAGUGGUGGUGUAAGAAGCAAUAAAACAGACUAAUCCAUUAAAAAUAUUCUUGAUCAA